AUGUGUGGCAUCUUUUGUCUGUUGAGUCUGUCCCCGAGUCAGUUCGAAUGGGACAAAACGGUCCAUGAACAUUUGAAGAGACGAGGGCCCGACCUGAGUCAGGACCUCACAGUCCGAGGUUCAAACCUCAGCUGUUGGUGUUUAUUCUCUGCUCACGUUCUUCACAUGAGAGGCCGUCUCACCCCGCAGCCGCUUCAAGACGACACCGGGAAUGUCCUGCUGUGGAACGGGGAGAUCUUUGGAGGUGUCCCGGUCCCUCCGGAGGAAAACGACACUGCUGUUGUCUCCGGGCGGCUCUCGUCCUGCAGCAGCUCCUCAGAGAUCCUGAGCGUCCUGUCCUCUCUGCGGGGGCCGUGGGGGUUCGUUUACUACCAGAAGGCUGGAGAUUACCUCUGGUUCGGCAGAGACGUCCUCGGUAGGCGGAGUCUGCUGUGGAGAUUUGAGGACAACGCUCUUACCCUGACCUCCGUGGCAGCACGUGGUUCUGGACCUGCUCAGGCUGCUUGGAGGGAGGUACCAGCAUCCGGCGUGUACCGGGUCGACCUGAAGGCCGCUACAGAAGCCGGAUCUGUCACGCUUGAGGUUUAUCCCUGGGCUGCUGCUGGAAGUGAUCCCGUCUUGAGCUUCAGUCAAACUCUACUGGAGUCUGUCCCCAGCGGCUGCAGAGCUGUGAUGAACCAGUCAGGCCUCAUGCUCCCCUCACCUCUGUGUCCUCUUAAUACGUCAGUCCCCGAGUCAGUAAACGAGAAAGAAACUCAUGCAUGUGUUAAGGAUCUGCAGCAGCUGCUGGCGAGUAAAGAGCAAACCGACGAGGUGAAUCGUCUCAUUGACGUCCUCAGUGAGGCCGUGAGAAGACGAGUUCAGUCCCUGCCGUUCAGGGGACGAGACGGCUCUCCUCCUUCUGAAGACCACGCUAGCAUCGCCGUUCUUUUCUCAGGAGGAAUCGAUUCGAUGAUCCUGGCCGCUCUAGCUGACCGCCACAUACCUGCUCAUCAACCCAUCGACCUUCUCAACGUAGCGUUCAAACUACAGGUUGCAAAGAAGCAGAAAGAGUCCGCAAAGAAACCCGGAAAGCACAAAAACAAGCCCACAGACCGUCAGGCUGAUGGACGCGGCCCCUUCGACGUUCCCGACAGAAUCACGGGACGAGCCGGCCUCAAGGAGUUACAAGACCUGAGUCCUGAGAGAAGAUGGAAUUUUGUUGAAAUCAAUGUAACCAAAGAGGAGCUGCAGAAAAUCCGCCAGGAGCGAAUUUGUCACCUGGUGCAUCCUCUGGAGACGGUGCUGGACGACAGCAUCGGGUGUGCUGUGUGGUUCGCAGCGAGAGGGGCGGGGCUUCUGACGGAGGACCAGAGAGACUUCACUUCAGCAGCAAAGGUCAUUCUGACAGGAAUCGGAGCAGACGAGCAGCUGGCUGGUUACUCCAGACACAGAGUCCGGUUCAACACGUCUGGACACGAGGGACUGAUCCAGGAGCUGGCCAUGGAGCUGGCCAGGAUCCCAGCCAGGAAUUUGGGCCGAGAUGACCGAGUGAUAGGCGACCACGGGAAAGAAGCUCGGUUUCCCUUCCUGGACGAGGACGUGGUGAGCUUCCUGAACUCUCUGCCCGUGUGGGAGAAGGCCGACCUGUCGCUCCCUCGAGGCGUCGGGGAGAAACUCCUCCUGAGGCGGGCGGCGAGGCGGCUGGGCCUCGGCCAAUCAGCCGUCCUGCCCAAGAGAGCCAUGCAGUUUGGAUCCCGCAUCGCAAAGAUGGAGGAGCACCGCGAGAGGGCCUCGGACAAAUGCACAAGACUCCUCAAUGAAUAGACUCAUCACUGGUUGUAAUGAA